CUCAUGGCUUCUGUGGUUGUUCUACACAGGGAGAAUACUUUACAGGCUUAUUUACAGGACAGAACUCCAAACUCAUCUCCAGACACAGGACCUAUAACUACCCUGAACCUGCUUUCCUCAGCUUCAGUGAUAGCACCCAGGUCUAGUCACCUGGAUUACCCACAAUCUAACUCUAUUGGACUUGCAUCAACAAUGUUUCAAAUAUGGAGUAAUGAGGUUCCACCGAAUACAGGAAUGGGUUCUCAUACUGUGGCUUUUGGUGUACCUAAGAUGCAGUAUGCUGGUCAUAUGCAGGCAGUAGGAUCUCAUGAACUACCGUUGACUCCUCCAGCUGACCCAACUGUUUAUUCAUUUGAUUUGUCUCCUGUAAAGGUGUUAGCUCAACAAGUACAACCCAACCCUACAUACCAUUUCCAAGACCCAAAUACUAUGACACAAGACUACUCCGCUUUCAUGCAAAACCCUACCACACUGACCCAAAGACACAUGCCCUCUGCCCAUAUGGAUGAUCAGACUUGGUGGAGCUUACAACAGACAAACCCAAAUAACCUUCACUCAUUCCACUUGACAAACUCCUUGGUAGUUGGACCCCAGCCUCAACUUGCAGCACUUCUUCAGAGCUCCUCUAAAACAUUGCUAAACAACACAAGACGCUGCAGAAGAUGCAAGUGCCCAAACUGUCAAGCUUCUCCGAGCAAUGAGGAACCAGGGAAGAAGAAGCUUCAUAUAUGUCAUCUUCCAGGUUGUGGCAAAGUAUAUGGUAAGACCUCUCAUCUCAAAGCCCAUCUACGUUGGCAUGCUGGUGAGCGGCCCUUUGUAUGUAACUGGGUCUUCUGUGGUAAAAGUUUCACAAGAUCUGAUGAGCUGCAGAGGCAUCUUAGGACUCACACUGGAGAAAAGCGGUUUGGAUGCCAAGAAUGUGGAAAGAGAUUUAUGAGGAGUGACCACCUUUCCAAACAUACAAAAACCCAUCAAAACAAAAAGGGGAAGUGUGUAGAUUCUCCUGUGGACAGUAUUAAGAAGGAAUGA